AUGCUCUGUGGUGCCUUGUUGCUAAUCGCUCAUAGACUGCGGGAGGAUGCCCGUGCUGCCGCACUCAUCAUUGGCGACCCCGAAAUUCUCCUCGGCAGAGACUUCGUUCGUGACAGCAAGGUCACAGUGCAGCUUCUCUCAAAAGAAUGCCUAGAAGCCAAGUCUGUGGUCGGUUUUCGACUUGUAUUUCCCGUUGAGGCUUCCCCCAGCAACGGUGAUUGUUACUCGGAAGCCGGACAAAACUCGCUUCGAUAUACAAUCACGGUGAAAUUUCCCCAUAACCAAUUCCUUUGGAGCGCCGUUCUCGGCACGGAGUCAAGACCUAAAGGCCUCAGCACUCGUCUUUGUGAAGGCCGUGACAUUUCAAAGCUCAGAAGUGUUCUUUUCUCCAUCGAGGAGGGCCUUCAUGUCGAGGUUGAUGGCUUUGGAAAGCCAUACGUGGGCGGUGACACCGAGUUGAGCUCCUGGCUCAAUCUCGAUAGCCCCAUCUGCGGCUCGAUAGCGCUUUCGGAGAUCCUCUCUUCCAGACGGUUUCGUUUCCUGAUUCCCAACGAAGAUGGCAUGCGCAAAUUCCUCAAGGCGUGUGCUGGUCAACCGCCUAACUGGCAGGGGUACCCUUUUGGCAAAAUCCACACCUUUGAUAUGAAGAGAUACCGGCGAAUAAUCCCCAAAAACGAGGGGUUCGGGUACGAAGCCCACUGGCGAUUCGACGACGUGGAAGAUUUUGUCACGUGCGUGUCUCAACCUCACAUCCAAGACGUCUUCUACUUUCAUGAAGACAUUGUCGGACUCAGUGGUGUAAACGUCAAGGCCGCGCUACUGCCAGUCGAUUCGAACGAUAGUGAAGUGUGGGCUGUGCUGAAUGUCACCGAGAGAAUUGAUAAUGUUUACGCAGCCACCUGGCGUAGGCUUAUGAAGAGCGCAUACCCGUUCGCCGUGGUUGUCAAGCCGAAUCACGGGGAUCAACAAUCAAUCUGGGACGCCAAAUUCUCCAUCAGCUCCAACGUUGCGGGCAUGAACCAGCCGUGGGCAAUAGUGCUUCACAUGAAAAUUCGAUCUCCUCGUCGUGCUGGACAGAAAAUGACACGAUUCAAGACAUGGGAACAAGUUCUGAACAGCGAGUUGCACGACUAG